UAACAGCAGCAGGAGGAGGAGUAACAGAGGGAGGAGGAGGAGGAAUAACAGAGGGAGGAGUAACAGCAGCGGGAGGAGGAGGAGCAGAGGGAGGAGUAGUGACAGGAGGCGAGAACCACACCUUGACCACGGAGGCAGGAGAGGCGGCAGUGAGCGAGGGUAACGACGACACCACCAUCCCUGGGGGAGGAGGAGGGACAGGGGGUGGUGGGAACGACACUGACACCGUCACUACAGCACCACCAGCAGUACCACCAGCCAACAUGACCAAGGUCCCUGUUAACGUGACAACAGCGGCCCCCACCACCAGCGAGAUGACCUGUGGGGUUAACACUGAACUGAUUGAUGGGCAGUGUGUGUGCGUCACCAACUGGACCAACGACCCUGCCCUCCCUGGUACUACACACUGUCCUUGCCCUGACCUGUGUGCCGCCCACGUCGUGACUUGUCCAGCCGAGAGUACCUGUUACCACCUGACCUGCAACUUGGUAACCUGCAGCUGCCCCCAACACUAUAAGUUUGACCCCUUCACCGCCUCCUGUCAGAGUCCUUGCCAGUACUUCGGGGACGAGGUGUGCGGCCUCGGGUCAGGGAAGAAGUGCAAGGACUCCGCCGAGGCAGAGCGCGACUAUACCUGUCAGUGUGGCAGUGGAUAUAUCUUGGCCAACGACACCUGCCAAGACGUGGACGAAUGUUCAGGAACAGGGAGCAGCGGAGUCUGUGGCGAUACUGAGCAAUGUGUCAAUGUCCCCGGCAGCCACAAGUGUCCCUGUAAGCAAGGCUACCUGCGGGGCUCCCAAGGUUCCUGUAUUAAUGUGAACGAGUGCCUGAAUCCGUCCCUACACGACUGCGACCACAUAUGUGUUGACACCGACCCUCCUGCCAUGUACACCUGUUCGUGCUACACUGGCUACACCUGGAAUGAUACACAACGACGAUGUGUGCUCAAUGACAUUAGUACUGGAUGUGAGUGCAACGAUCCUGAGAGGAGCUUGUGUUACCAGCCUCCUGGCGGCGAGAAACAGUGUUCUCCGCGGCCUGGCUACAAGCUGCAGAACAGCACCUUUGUUGACGCGGCUGAGUGUGUCGACAAAGAGAACGUGCAGGCGUGGUGCUGGAAGGGGGGCAAGUGUGUGGAGGGCGAGGGUGGGUCGAGGUGCGAGUGUCAAGACGGUUACAUUAAUGUCACCCUCGACUACGGCCGAUGUACAGCUCUGGAGUGUCCAGCAGGCACCGUGGUCUCCGGCUCCCAGUGUGUAGGUAAGUGUGAGGUACAUUGUAUAGUGAGCAUGAGGGCGGGAAGCCGGGGCAGGUUUAUGUGUUUAACCAAUACUGGGGUUUUUCAGGUGUCACGGGUGUUACACUGUGAUAUGCUGGAGACCACCCACAAGGAGUGGCAAGUAAAAAGGGGAAGGAAGGAAACCAACAACCAAAAACUGGAAGCUGGCGAGGAGGAUGAGGUAGGAUACCAACUUCCCGGGAAUAGAGAAGAAGGCAAUGGUGAGGAACACCAACUCCUACAUGGAGGAGGAGGAAUUGGCAGGAAAGCAUCAACCCCCCAGGGAGUGAGAGGGGAUGACAAGGAUAAAGAGCUCACAUUAGUGAGCAAAAUAAGCCUCCCCGAGGUUCUUUUCAAUUUAGCUGUCCGCUUCACACCUCGACCCAGACUCCUUGCACGCAUCUCAGACAACUCCGGGAGCAGCAUCCUUACCCGCAGCCGAGAGCCAAUGGGAAUCAAGGAUCUAGAGGAAGGAUGGGUCGUGAUUGGAUGGUAUUUACCUACUAAUUCUCUCAACACUUGGCCACGGACACCCGACAUAAAUCCCAAGCUUCACACGACCACCGUAUCGGGCGAGCCACUCUCCAGCUCAGAUGGUAUCGGGUUGGACUUAUUUGGGAAGUGGAAGCGGUGUCCGUGCAUGCAGGUCGACACAUAA